AUGGAGCUUGGGCGGUUGGCGGGGGGAGGUCUCUGCUUUGCCGAAAUGGCCCCUCCGCAUGUGCCCGACGAUACCUAUCAUGAGGGAGCGGUGCUUGAGAUUCAACGACAUCUACCACCGGAACCAUUUGGCAUUGUGGGACGCAUUCGCUAUAAACUCCCGGAGAAGAGAAGCGAGUGGAAUGCGUUCUGGUCGAGUGCCACCUACUGGUGUCAAAAAAGCCGAGUCGAGCUUGCUUUGGCUCAUCCCCCCAUCACGACAACCGAAGUCAAGAAUCCUGAAAGUCGCAAGUUCACCAUCACUCGGAUCAUUCAGUUCAAUGAGCAUACGGAAGGUCAAACGGUCUUCGAGGGAGUCAUCAUAUCGGCGAACGGAAAACGCAACGAAGUGAUCGCUAAAGUUUACGAUGGAGCUUAUUACUCUCUAGAUGAACGCUUCGGCAACUCUUGUGACGCCACCUGCCCGGAUGUGAUGACGAAAGCGGACCUGCAUUAUUCCAUUGAGUCCUCGUGCAUAUGAGGAAAUCCGCACUGCUGGCUUUGCCGGGUCCGUUGUUCCCGACUUUUACGGGGCAUGGACAAUCUCGCUCGAGUCGGACGACGGUGUAGUACGCUCUGUCCGCAUGAUUUUUCUGGAGAAGAUACACGGCGCUUGCGCGAUGGAAAAGAUGAUCACCCAGGCGACUACGCAGGAGGCACCGCAUUCUUCCUUCGACUCAAGUCGGUUCGCUCCGCUGACCCAAGAGUUUCUCAACUCCCAGCACCACAAUAAAUAGGAACCCUAGGGUGCUUUAUUUAUUGGAACAACCUGGUCGAACCGCUCACACGACUUGACAUAAAAGUCUCAGUGUGUGUGUGUGUGUGUGUGUGUGUUGAGGCGAGCAAAUGGAAAUUCGAGCGCAAGCAAGCGUUAGUGAGGCUGAGGUAUUGGUGCAGGAGAUGUAUGGUGAAUAUGAGGAGCUUGGGGCUGGUGAGUAAGGUAUCUCGUCCCAUCCCUGAGGCGGAGAUCAACAUGCCUAUCGACCCAAUCUUGUAGUAGAGAAUCUCGUUUCUAGAGGGUAUAUCGAUCCAACAGG